AUGUCGAUGGUGGAUGCUGCACCGAGAAAGUCGCUGGCUUCCCAGGCAUCGGCGUCGGCGUAUGUGAAAAUCAUGAGGGUGCACCGAAACAUCGGGGAAGAUGUGCACCGCACAUGGUCUGAGGGCGCAUGUGGACUACCUUGCUGUGCGCGCGCAGUGAUGCAAUGCGCACCGCUGGUUCAUACAGUCCUUCCUGUCGAUGUCGCCGUUUGUGGUGCAAGUGCCAUCCGCGGUGGGCUAGGAGCCCUCUUCAACCACGCCUUUGGCGCUACUGUACGGCAUGUCAUGUACGGCGGCGGCCAGCACGAACCGUUCGUACCCAUCCUCUUUGUCGUACCACUGGCCUUCAUGACCGUCGUACUGCUGCGACGACUAGGCCUUGCACUCAUGUCCGACACAGCCUCUAGGACGUUUCUGAAAUUCGGUGUCGCCGUUGGUUGUCGUGCUGUCAUCCUGCUGGAAUCUGUACUGCACCCCGCUAAGGAGUCGGUGUACUACAAGCGGUACAGCAAAGUGGUAGGUAUGCGGAGUUCGGUUCAGAUCAGCCCGGAUUGUCGUACAGUGUUGUUGUUGCUGUUGUUGCUUUGCUUAUUGAAAGUGAUGAAGGACGAAUGGCCGUCACGCUUUGUGCGGCUCGCCGAGUUUUGCAUCAUCGCCUGGACCGCCUACAUCAUAGAGUUGCCCGUGUGGCAUGAGGCGCUGGUGUCGGUUAGUACGGCAGUCCUCGUUCUGUUGAUGUGUGGACUCUUUCCUCACCUCAUGCUACCGGAAGUCAACCCACUCAACGUGAUGAUGCAGGCCAUCGCCGCCGCUGCUUUCGCAGUGGGUCACGCCUAUUACCAGCAGCGUCGUAAGGCGCUGGCGGAGCAGAGGGCUCGCGCGGCGAGAUCGGCCGCCAAGGCCGCCGCCGUCGCCGUCUCUACGGAGGAUGCGACGGCGGCGGCAGUAGCGGAAGGGGAUCACGGACGACUGUACGAGCAGCAGCCUGAGCAGCAGCAGCAAUCGGCAGCGGCUGGUGGAUUGCCUGACAUCGUUCGGGGUACGACGGCGACGGCAUCAUCCGCAUCGACGUCGGCAGCCGCCGCUGUCGCCCCCGCUGCUGACGGCGCCAAGCUGGCGGUCGAACAGGCCGCUACCGUCGCCCCUGCCGCCACAGGCUCCGCUGCCGCCACGGCUGCGUCGCCAGUUGCGGCGUUACGUCGCAUCCAGAUGUUGCGGUCGGGCGGCAGGUCGUACAUAAGCCCCGCCAGGCCGUGCCGAUUCGCAUUAAAGAUUCAGCACUCGCACCUGUCGGAUCUCCCGCAGAAUCUGUUGACGGUUAUAAACCAGGAGGUGCUGGCGGGAUCCGGAUGGCAGGCCGUCGGCGCGUACGCCCGGGAGGGUUGCAUCGAGCUGGUGCUUGACCUUCGGCCGUUAGUCCCCGUCCGUACAUCACACAACCGCAAUCGCGCCGACGAUGGCGCGGCGGGUGACGACAGGCUUGCUCAGCCCGAUCAGGACCGGCCUGGCGGCGCCGCUGCCCCCGACGGCGGCGAUGGCGGCGGCGGCGGCGGCGCCGCUGUUCCCCUGGACGCCGCGUCCCUUCGGGAUCUCGGCCGGUCCAUUGUAUCGUACCUGCACAGUACGGGCGUUAUUAGGCCGGACAGCGAGAAUUCAAUCGUACUACAGAUGGGUACGGAAACGGUUGUGCUGGCGUGGCAGCCCGAUGCGCAGGCUUGGGUAGUGACGGAGUUAGCCGCCGCCGGGGCCGCCGGUCCCUCUCGGGUGGCAGCAGCGGCGGCGUCAGGUGCGGCGUUGCCGCCGCCGUCACCGUUGCCGUCGCCGCCGACGCUGCUCCACGUCUCCCCCCGGGUGGCCGAACGGCCUGGAUCCGGCUGCGCUCGUCUGCAUCUGAAAGUUCUUCUGGCGGGGCCUUCCGAGGAAGACGUGCUGGCGGGAAGGGGUCUUGUCGUACGCAGCGCCGCUGGCUUGCUGUCGUACAGUGUCCUUAAGGGGAACAAAGGCUCGGGUCCUUCAGCUGAUGUGUCGUACGGUACGACGCCGUACCUGGAGUUGCACCAGAACCUAGUAUGGAGCCAGCCGUACUACGGCUCUACGGGUGCGCUGCGACCGGGUAUGCUGACCGUGGCUGCUGACCUGCUUGGUGUCUUCUGUCGCGGAGGUAGCGGCGGUGGCGCUGCCGCCGCCGCCGUCGCCGCCGCCGCGGACCGCCUCAUUGCAUGCGUGCUGACCUGCAACGGCGGCCAAGGUCCCGCCGCGGCCUUUACCUCCCUUCUGGAUGCCGUACCAAGUCCCCCAACGAAUGCCGGCGCGCUGCACAUGGCCGUUGCGGCGGGCUCUCGACCAAUGGUGGAACUUCUCGUGCGAUGGCACGAACGUUUAUAUGGGCGCGGCGGCGGUGACGUCAAACGCAAUUUUUGGUUGGCUCGCGCCUCGUGUGGCGUGACGCCACUUCAUGUCGCCGCUGCGGCUCCCGACGGCGGCGCCAUGGCGGCGUGGCUGUUGUGCAAGUACGACACCGCCGCAGCGGCCUGGGAGGACGCGUCUGUGGCGUCGUACGACGGUGUGACACCGGCGGCGCUGGUCGCGCAACUGGGAAGAAGUUGGAGGCUGCGAUUGCGGAUUCGCGUCAGCGGUGUCGUACGAUCCGUACGACGCGCGUUGACGCCGCCGGCGCAGCUGGCGCGCGCCGGGGAGUUGCUGUGGGGCUUUUCGGACCCUUUCCUGGAGCGUCAGUACGUUGGGUCGGUCAGCAAUCAUCAUCAGAUUGCAGCAACUUCUCUAGUGCUGUACGCCGUCGCCAAUGCGCUUCUGCCGUUGCUCGUACUGGCCAAGGCCGUACUGUACGGCAGUUCCGAAACCGCGACUGCGCUCGCCGCGCUGGCUUUCCACGUUCCACACGCGGCCCCGCUGCUGGCGUGGAUAUGCCAGCCGCCGUUGCAGCAGCUACUGCCGCCACGGCCCCGUCCCAACCUCCAUUCGCACCAACCUUUACUUUUCCAGUCGCCGUCGGCGCCGUCGGGGCCGUCGGGGGCCGCAGCCCUUAGAGGGCAGCAGUCCGGCGGUGGCGAGGCCGCCGCCGUUGCCGCAUCGUGGCGGCGCCGGCGGCUCCGCUCCGCGGCGCUGUUGAUGAUGUACUGCACAUGUCGUGCGGCCGCCAAGGCCGUCGUGGGCCUCUCGCUUCUGUGGCCAUUUGCGGCGGCUUUGCAACCGUUCCAAGCUGGCGGUAGCAGCGGCGGCGCUAGCAGCGGCGGCAGUAGCAGCUGGGGGAUUUGGCGCCUUUAUGGUGGUGGGGAUGGAGGUGGAGCUGGAGGUGGCGGCGAGGGGAUGUUUUUGGCUCGCGGUGGCGACAUCGCUUUGGAGGCAGUCGUACGGCCGUUGCUGGAGCAGGUGGACUUCCCCAAGCGGGUGCUCCUCUCCCUGUUGGACCUCCCCGCCACGUGGCUGCUGUACCGAGGGGUGGAGGAGCGGGAAAAACACAUCCACCGCCAUCACGGGGGCGGGGGACAAGACCCGACACGGGUUCCGGAGCUGGCGGGGGCCCCCCCUGGCCGACUGCCCCUGGGGCCGUUGGAACGGGCGCUGCUGUACCAGGCGGUCCUCCUCGCCACCACUGCGGCGGUGGCCAUCGGCAGCCGAGUCCGGUUCCUGAGGGCCAAGGAAGGCGACUGGGCGGCCUGGCUGCGAGGCGAGGGCGCCACGACGGCGGCGGCGGCUGCGCCGCUAUGGGCGUCGUGCGGCGGCGGCACUGGCACUGGUAUUGGCGGCACUGGCGGCGGUUUCGGACGCCGCUUCUCGCGCGGCGGCGAGGGCGUCGUUGGGAAGGCGGCCGGCAGAAACCCUAAAAAGAACUUUAAGGACAGCACAGUUUGCAGCACCUGA